AUGAGACUCCUCGAUGUCUUCAAAGGACUCGUUCCUACCAUCAUUUUCCAACUCUACGGAUCUGUAUCAGCUACCAAUUCGACUCUGCCCCGCACGUAUGGCAUUGUGCUCUUCCGCAUGUUUGACGUGCUGGAUGUUCACGGCCCCAUAGAGAUUCUUCAGUUCUUAAGCGGGAUCUACAAGAUCGAUAUCGCCUUGAUUGCUGAGACCAUGGAUGCGGUCACCUCAGAACCAUCGCUGGCCGCGAUGAACCCAUUCAACUCUUCCGUCUACCCUGUGCUUCCCCCAACACACACAUUCGAAACGGCGCCAGAGCUAGAUGUUUUGAUCCUUGCUGGCGGCCCUGGCUGGCGCAACCCUACGCUGAAUGCUACCUUGGACUAUAUUGCAAGGACAGCACCCAACGUCAAACAGGUUCUUACGAUCUGCACUGGCUCGGCUCUGGCUGCAAGGGCCGGUAUAAUGAAAGGCAGGAAGGCAACUACCAACAAGACGUCUUGGCCUAAUGCCGUGAAGGCAGGUCUCAACACGACUUGGGUGCCUCGUGCGCGCUGGGUUGAGGACGAGUCCACCUUCCCUCCCAUAUGGAGCUCUUCAGGAGUGGUGGCGGGCAUCGAUCUCAUGCUGCACUGGGUUGGGCAGACUUAUAGCGAAGAGAACGCAACAUUCAUCGCAAAUAUUCUGGAGCACCAAAGAAUCAUGGAUCCGAGCUUUGAUCCUUUCGCUAGGAACGAGACAGAGGUUGGUCAAAACACCCCUUGA